AUGCCUAUUGCAGCUCAUUGCGAGAAAGGAUUGAGCUUUGAUGUGUUCAAAAAAGAUGCGCCAUGGAUUGAAUGCGAGUGCUAUUGUAUAGAAUCAAGUAAGGUGGCAUGGAGCAGUGUAAAGUGUGUAAAAUACUAUGACUUGAAGAAGCGUGAAAUGAUUUUUGAGAUGGAAGUGGAUAUGCCAAGAGAGAUUAAGAUGUCAGAGAACGGAGAGAAUGUGGGUGUACUGGCCAGCAAGGGAGAACUUGUACUUUUUGGAAGCUGCGGAGUCAAGAUGAAGAUCAUGGAGGUAAGUAAGUUCAGGCUUUCAGAUGAUAUUCUGGCUUAUGCAUCGAAUGGAUCAUUUUUCAUACAUAAGGUUAGAGACGGAGUAAUUAAUGAGGCAUUCCACAAUUCCAAGGUAUCUCUGCUUGACUUUUACAUCAGUGGAGAGUAUGUUUUUCUUGCUACAAAGAAGCUGGAGAAGGAUGGAUGUCAUAAGAUCCUGCGGAUUGGAGAGAAUGCGCUUGAUGUUCUUUACAGUCUUCCGGUUCUUCAAGGAUUUUCGUUGAAGUCGAGUAGGACCAAGGAGCAUCUACUGUUUCUAUUGAUGACAUCGUAUGUUAAUAACAGCUACUUUCCUGAGUCUGAUUUAUUUUUGUAUGACAGAGGACGAAGUAAAUUUGAAAGUCUUGGAUAUUCAGAUGUUCACUCAUAUGCUUUCCUAUCUGAUGGAUUUGCAGUAUGCCAUGGAUCUCAGCCGAGCGAUGUGUGUGUGCAUGAAUUUGAUGGGAGAUUGAAGUACAAAUUUCCAGAAGGAGUGAGGAACAGGAUGUUUUUUAACCAUCACGAGAACCUAGCGGUGUUUGCAGGAUUUGAUAAUCUGUCUGGAGACAUUGAGGUGUUCUGUGUUUCAUCACGAAGGCUGAUAUCGAAGUUCAACGUUCUUGGAGCAUCGAUAGUGAACUGGAGUGAGAAUGGAUCGUAUUUUUAUGUGUCGACGACGAGCUACUUCCAAGAAGACAACAAGAUUACCUUGUAUGACUAUUUUGGGAGGAUUAUUGAUGAGAAAUGUUUUGAUGCGUUGAGCUCAGUGAAUACGUAUGGAGAUGCAGAAGGAUUUGUGAAGUUAAGCCAGCCAAGUAAAUUGGUUAUUGAGGUUGAAAAGAAGUAUGUCCCACCGUCUAUACAUGAGUUUAGAAGCAAAGGAGUAGCAAAGGGUGGAAAUGUCAAGAAGGAUCAGAAACGAAAAGACACGUACGAUGCCAAUAGUGUGCUGAAAUCGAUGUCCAAGCCAAACGAAUGCACUAAAGAAAGCAUUUUGAAGGAUUUGGACGAGAUUAAGUAUCUUAAAGAGAAGAUGAAGAACGGAGAGGAGUUAUCUACAAAAGAGUUGAAUCUGAUAUUGAAGGAGGCCAAAUUGAGGAGCGAAUUGAAGAAGAUUGAUGAAUAA